AUGGGCGACUGCUGUGAGGAUCUCUCAGAUUACGAAAUCCUGGCAGAAAUUGGCCAAGGCGCCUACGGGAAGGUGUACAAGGCCCGAGAGAGCCGUGAGCGACAGCGCCUCGUAGCGGUGAAAAGACUGAACAUCCCCGAGGACCCGGACACUGGCAUCCCCCAGUUCAUGAUAAGAGAAGUGGCACUUCUGCGAAAAAUAGAGCAUUUCAACCACCCAAACGUAGUGAAGUUGCUGAAUGUAUCAGCUGGAUGGCAGAACCAGAACUUUGACCUGACGUUGGUGUUUGAGUAUAUCGACCAGGAUUUGUCCACAUUUCUCACCAGAGCAUCAGAAAAGGGCUUGACCAGAGACAAAAUAAAGGAUGUUAUGCGUCAGCUUCUCAGCGGUCUUGACUUUCUCCACACUAACACUGUGAUUCACCGGGACCUGAAGCCGGACAACGUGUUAGUGAGCAGUCGAGGGGAGGUCAAGAUUGCCGACUUCGGUCUUGCCAGGAUAUACACUUACCAUAUCGCCCUCACCCCAUGUGUUGUGACUCUGUGGUACAGGGCUCCAGAAGUCCUGCUUCACUCCAGUUACAUGUCUUCAGUGGAUAUGUGGAGUGCUGGUUGUAUCUUUGCAGAGCUUUUUCUGUUAAGGCCUUUGUUUUGUGGAUACACAGAGAUCCAGCAGCUGCAAAAGAUCUUUGAGGUUAUUGGUUUGCCUGGUGAAGAUGACUGGCCCAUGGAAAGCCCUGUCUGCUACAGUCUUGCCUGGGCCAAGAAAGAGUCUACAACACAAUUACUCCCCAGCCUAGCCAAUGAGGAGAAUGACUUACUUUCUCAAUGUUUGACAUUCAAUCCAGCUCAUCGCAUCUCGGCCUACAGAGCUUUGGCCCACCCUUACCUGGCAGCUGAACAUUGAUGAGUGAAGAAUGCGGAGUCAAAGAUUGAGACUGGCACCUCCUACCCAACCAGACA